GAGGCGGGCGAGAAUCAAUCCAGACAACCCCAAUUCAAAUCUUUUUUUUUUCGCUUGCGACAACCGCCCUUUUGUGUCGUAGCAGCAGAGUAGGAGCUUUUCACACCCGACCUGCAUAUACAUCUCGAGAAGGGAACGUGGUACAACAUCGCGCUGGGGCAGCAGCAAAUCAAUCAAAGCCGCCGGCAAUGGUCUUCCCCAAUGACUGGGAAGGGUUCAGCCCCGCCAUCAUGGGCAGGGUGAUGGACUAUCUCUGGCACGAACACCGCAUCCCUAUUUUGCUUUCGACGGCGUUUAUCCUUACUUUUUUGAGAUUUUACCUCCGGUUGAACGACGCGCAAUCAGAGCAACAGAAAUUGGUGGCUUUGCCUAGGGCGUUGAAUACGGACGAGAAGAAAACGGCGACGACGACAACAGAGAAACUUGACAAGGUGGUGGUGAAGAAAGUUUCCGGCUCGGAGGGUUCGUCGGGUGAUGAUGAGAAGAAAGAGGGAGUAAAGAAGAAGAGCGCCGGGCCGAGGAGGAUAAAGGGUGAUACGAGUAAACGGGUGAAGAAGGAAGGGGGAGAAGCGAGGAAGAUUCAAGUUUUGGUCUUUUUCUCUUGUUUGACGGGGAGCACCGAGAAGAUCGCGAAGCAGUUCGCGGGGGCGUUUGAGGAGGCUUUGACAAAGGCAAAAGGGGAGCAAACGACAUUCUUGCCGCCGCAGGUGUUGGAUCUCUCGGAGGUGGACUAUGAUGAGUAUUUCAUCAGUCCGCCAAAGACCGAGGGGGAGGAGAAGGUGGAUUACUUUUAUUUGAUCCUGCUGCCGAGUUUUAAUAUUGAUAGUAUCAACGAUACCUUCUUGGAGCACCUUCAGGAAACACACCACGACUUCCGGAUUGAUACUUCGCCGUUGGCGCCGAUAUUGGGGUAUUCGGUGUUUGGGUUUGGGGAUAGGGAGGGGUGGCCGACCGAGGAGGAGGGGUAUUGUUUCCAGGCGAAGGAGGUGGAUAAGUGGAUGGCGAAGUUGAGUGGGAGGAAGAGGGCGUAUCCGCUGGGGAUGGGUGAUUGGAAGAGGGACGGGAAGGAGAGAUUGGCGGAGUGGAAGAGUGGGUUGGUAGAUGUGUUGGGUCAGAUUGAGCAGAAUGGUGGGCUAGGGGAGGGUGUUCCUGGUUCUGGUGAUCCGAUUGAGAGUGAUGAUGAGGAACUUGAUGAUGAUGGAGAGGUGUAUGAUGACGGCGCUGAGCAAAAUGGAAAGUCCAAGAGCUCGGGGGAUUUGGGAGAUCUGGAGGAUCUUGGGCAGAUUAUGGCGGCGAGCGGCAAUACUGGGAAGAAGUCGCCUGGGCCGAUCGCGGUCGAUUUCACAACCGAAGGCAAGCCAAAAAGGAAGGCUGCUGCCCCGGCCGUCAUCAAGGAAAUGGUACCGACGGGUUCACCCACAUAUAACUCCUUAACGAAGCAAGGCUACGCCAUCGUCGGCUCUCACUCGGGUGUCAAGAUCUGCCGCUGGACAAAGUCUGCCCUGCGCGGCCGUGGCUCCUGCUACAAGUAUUCCUUCUACGGCAUCAACUCUCACCAGUGCAUGGAAACCACACCAUCGCUCUCCUGCUCCAACAAGUGCGUCUUCUGCUGGCGCCACGGCACAAAUCCCGUCGGCACCAACUGGCGCUGGGUCGUGGAUCCCCCAGAUCUCAUCUUCAACGGUGUGAAGGAGAAUCACUACAAGAAGAUCAAAAUGAUGCGCGGCGUCCCUGGAGUACGAGCAGAGCGCUUCGCUGAGGCCAUGCGCAUCCGCCAUUGCGCCUUGUCACUAGUCGGCGAGCCCAUCUUCUACCCUCACAUCAACGAGUUCCUCAGUAUGCUCCACAAGGAGCGCAUCUCCUCCUUCCUUGUGUGCAACGCCCAGCACCCCGAUCAACUCGCCGCCCUCCAACACGUCACCCAGUUGUAUGUCAGCAUUGACGCCUCAAACAAGGAAUCCCUCCGCCGCAUCGACAGACCCCUCCACCGCGACUUCUGGGAGCGAUUCAACCGCUGCCUCGACAUCCUCCGCGAACGCCGCUUCCAACAACGGACGGUAUUCCGCCUCACCCUCGUCAAGGACUUUAACCUCGAAGACGAAGUGGAAGGCUACGCUGACCUAGUCCAGAAGGGACUCCCUUGCUUUGUCGAAAUCAAGGGUGUCACCUACUGCGGAACAUCCACCUCGUCCUCGGCAGGUCUGACGAUGCAAAAUGUGCCCUUCUACAACGAGGUGUGUGACUUUGUGGUGGCGCUAGAAAAGGCGCUGAAGAAGAGGGGGCUGAAUUAUGGGAUUGCGGCGGAGCAUGCGCACAGUUGCUGCAUCUUGCUGGCGAGUGACAGGUUUCACAAGGAGGGGAAGUGGUAUACUAGGAUUGAUUACGAGAGGUUUUUUGAGCUGCUGGAGGAGAGGGGGCCGGAUGGGGAGUUUACGCCGGAGGAGUAUAUGGGGCCUGAGACGCCGGAGUGGGCCACGUGGGGGAGGGGAGGGUUUGAUCCGAGGGAUCAGAGGGUUGAUAGGAAGGGGAGGCCGGUGGAAGUUUCAUAG